UGCCUCAACUAGAAAAACAAAAAAUAAAAAAUAAUUGAAAAUCCUCGAAACCUUUUUGGUUUCUAUUCUUGUUCUUCGUCUCAAAAUUACGAACUCGAUUGAUUCGAUCCACCAAUCGGUUUCAGAGGGAAAAGAAGGAGAUGAAUCUGAACAUGAACUCAGUGGAGACUCUGGUGGCUCAAAUCCAAGGGCUAUCGAGCAGCGUCGACGACAUCAAACACCUCCACAACCUCCUGAAACAAUCGGAGGAACUUCUUCACUCCGAGUCGACUCGCUUGGCCACUUCUCUUGCCGAACUCGACCCCUCCAAUCAUUCCCUUGGAUAUCUCUACAUUCUGGAGGCAUGCACAAAUACACGGACUUCGAAAGAGCAAGCCAAUGAACAUGUUCUGUUGGUUGCCAGGUUUAUCAAUGUGUGUGCUGUGGAGCAGAUUCGUUUGGCACCUGAUAAAUUUGUAUCUGUUUGUAAGAAGUUCAAGGACCAAGUGAUGAUGCUUGAAGCUCCUAUGCGGGGUGUAGCUCCGCUGCUUACAGCUGCUCGAAAGCUUCAAUCCUCUUCUGAACAUUUAACUACUCUGCAUCCAGAUUUUCUUCUUCUUUGUGUAUUGGCUAAGUGUUACAAAACUGGUCUUCACAUUUUGGAGGAUGAUGUGUUUGAGGUUGAUCAGCCAAGGGACCUCUUUCUCUACUGCUAUUAUGGGGGUAUGAUAUGCAUAGGACUAAAGCGUUUUCGCAAAGCAUUGGAGCUUCUACACAAUGUUGUAACUGCUCCAAUGUCGACUAUGAAUGCUAUAGCUGUUGAAGCAUACAAAAAAUACAUUCUUGUUUCAUUGAUUCAUCUUGGGCAGUUUUCCACCAACUUCCCAAAGUACACUUCUUCAGUGGCUCAAAGGAAUCUAAAGAAUUUUUCUCUGCCCUAUAUUGAGUUGGCAAAUUGUUAUAGCACUGGAAAAGUAUCAGAACUUGAGGCAUAUGUCCAGGCAAACAAGGAAAAGUUUGAAAGUGACAACAAUCUUGGAUUGGUGAAGCAGGUUAUAUCAUCCAUGUAUAAACGAAAUAUCCAGAGAUUGACUCAAACAUACUUGACACUCUCUCUCCAAGACAUAGCUAACACAGUGCAGCUGAGCAGUGCAAAGGAGGCAGAAAUGCAUGUACUUCAAAUGAUCCAAGAUGGCGAAAUAUAUGCAACAAUUAACCAGAAGGAUGGAAUGGUUAGAUUCCUAGAGGAUCCUGAACAAUAUAAAACGUGUGAGAUGAUUGAGCAUAUUGAUUCAUCUAUUCAAAGGAUAAUGACACUUUCGAAGAAGCUGACUGUUAUGGAUGAACUCAUAUCCUGUGAUCCUUUGUACCUAGCUAAGGCUGGGAGAGAGCGUCAAAGAUUUGAAUUCGAUGACUUCGAUACUGUUCCUCAAAAAUUCAACAUAUGAACAAAGGAAUUACCCACAUCACAUUGAUGAGAGAUUUUUAAACGAUGAUGAAUGUGAUGCUAGGCUUACUUUGAUUUAUCAACGGCAUAAUUUCUCUAGUCAUUUUGGUCUCAAGGGGAAGUGGAGUGGUUGGAUUGUAAUUCCAUCAUGAAUUUAAUAUUUUUGGCCAUAUUUUUUCCAUUUUCACCUAUACAAGUGCUGGAUCCUCCUAUUCUUGGUUUUCUGCUUUCUUCAAUCUAUAGAGUUCUGGUAUAAUUUAUAUAAA